CCCGGGCGGAGCCGUGGCCGUAAAGGGGCGUGCGGGGCCGGAGCGGCGGCAGUCGGAUCGCAGCCAUGAACGGCGGUUACUUGCGGCCCUUCGAGCACUUCAGCACGCAGGCCAUCCAUGCCGGGCAGGAUCCCGACCAGUGGCGGUCGGGCGCCCUGGUGCCGCCGCUCUCGCUCUCCACCACGUUCAAGCAGAAGGCGCCCGGCGAGUUCAUGCUGGGUUAUGAUUACAGCCGGUGUGGAAACCCUACCCGAAGCUGCCUGGAGGAGGCUAUAGCUGUGCUGGAUGGAGCGAAAUACUCUUUGGCAUAUGCUUCUGGCUUAGCUGCUACUGUGAAUAUUACUCACCUGUUGAAGGCAGGAGAUACAAUUAUCUGUAUGGAUGAUGUCUAUGGAGGUACAAACAGAUACUUCCAGACAAUAGCCUCGGAAAUGGGCUUAAAAAUAGUUUUUGUGGACUGUACAAAAUUGAAAUGCCUGGAAGCUGCAAUUACACCUGAGACUAAGCUUGUUUGGAUUGAAACGCCCACAAACCCCACGCUGAAGGUCAUUGAUAUUCAGGGCUGUGCUGAUGUGGUCCAUAAGCAUAAAGAUAUUCUUCUGGCAGUAGACAACAGUUUUAUGUCUCCAUAUUUCCAGCGUCCUUUGUCCCUGGGAGCUGACAUCUGUAUGUAUUCUGCAACCAAAUAUGUGAAUGGGCACAGUGAUGUUGUGAUGGGGCUCGUUUCAGUAAAUCGUGAUGAUCUGUACGAAAGGCUGAAAUUCUUACAAGGCUCAAUCGGAGCCAUUCCGUCUCCCUUUGACUGCUUCCUCUGCAACCGGGGUCUGAAGACUCUGAAGCUGCGGAUGAAUCAACACUUCCACAAUGCUUUGGCUGUGGGUCGAUUCCUUGAGUCAAAUCCCAGAGUGGAGAAAGUCAUUUACCCAGGAUUGCCUUCCCACCCCCAGCACCAGCUGGUCAAGCGGCAGUGCACCGGCUGUUCAGGGAUGCUGUCAUUUUACAUUAAAGGAAACCUCAAACAUGCUACUAUCUUUCUGAAGAGCAUAAAGGUGUUCACACUGGCUGAGAGCCUGGGAGGAUAUGAAAGCUUAGCAGAGCUUCCGGCUGUCAUGACUCAUGCUUCAGUGCGUAAAGAAGACAGAGAAGCUCUUGGAAUCAGCGAUACAUUAAUUCGCCUGUCAAUUGGUUUGGAAGAUGAGGAAGAUUUAGUGGAAGACCUAGACCAAGCUCUGAAAGCUGCAAUCCCUGACCCUAAGGCUUUGAAAUGAUGGCUGAAACCUGGAGACAUCUAAAGAAGAUGAUGCAGAAAAUCAAACGGCUGACAAUUUUUCUUUGAUAUACCUUUGAGAACUGAAAUCUAUUCAAUCAAACUCUGGGUUCCUGGGGAGCUGUCACUUUGUGGUACCAUGCUUGUUGGGCUCGUGUCUGGUUGUGCACGUGCUGUGCACUGUGACAUGAAGCCUGUGCUGUUCUGUGUGUCCAUUUCUGCUGUGCUGUGACCCUCUUUCUUUGGAACUGGUGGGUCAGUAAGUUGUGUUUGAGAGCAGCCAUGAGACACACUCAGGAAUACUGUCAUGAUUCUCUCCAGGGAGAUGGAUGUUUCCCAUUUGCCUUACUAAUGCUUUAGGGGUGCCGGAUCAGUAGGGUUUGUUUCUGCUAAUGCUCUUUAGGAUGCAAAUUUCUGUUUUUCUUAUCUCUUCUAAUCUAACUGUUUAACCUAAAUAUUGCUGAUAACGUUUAGAUUUUCCUUUUUAAUGAGGUUUUGAAAUCUGGUUUAGUACUUUUUCAUCUUUUAUGGGAUAUUGAAGCAAAAUCCAAUGUCUGGUUAAGAAUUGCAGCUUUUUAAAGGUGAUUCUCUGACCUAAAAAAAAAAUUAUAAUGUGCUAACUGUGGUAAUGAUUUGGUUUUUAGAGUUAGGAUCGUUUUGAUUAAAACACAAUUUGAAUCUCUCUGA